GCCGCCGCCGCGGCCGCGGGGGAGGACGGAGAGAGCAGCGCCGUGAGCUCCGACAGCGCCGCCGCCUCCUCGGCCUUGGCCUCCAUGUUCUCCUCCUCCUUCUUCUCCGCCGCCGCCAUUGCUGUCGCGCCGGCGUUGCUCGGCAACCGCGCGAUGGGCGGGUCUAACAGCCAAUCACACGCGGGGGCGGAGGGACGUGAGCCAAUGGGCUGCCAGUGGGGGCGGGACAUGGGGAAGGGAAGAGGCGGGACGGCCCCUCGGACACGGCCACAAUUAGGCCGCGGGUCUAAUUAGGCCACGCCACGCCCCGACAGCACCGGGGGAGCCUCGGUCGUGGCCGCCACCGACGCCUCGGCCGCCCCCGGGGCCAGCAGCACCCUCAGCUCCGGCACCGCCGGCUCCGCCAUGGCGGGGAGCGCGCAUGGCGGCGUCGCCCGGCAACCGCCGUGACGGGCGGGCCUAACAGCCAAUCAGAGCCGCGGAAAUAGAAAGGAAGGAGGGAUAAGCCAAUGGAAUGCGAUGCGGCCGCCGGAAGGGGAGGGACAUGGGGAAAGAGGCAUUCUGGGAAGGGAAGUCCGUACGGAACCACCCGGAAGCGGCGCAGGGAUCGGGAUCAGAUCGGGAUCGGGAUCAGGACCGGGAUCGGGAUUAAGGGGGGCCCGGACCCCUCCAGGCUCGGCGGGGAUGUUCCACGGGAUCGCGGGCCCGGCCGGGAUGGGCGGUGAGAGCCGGGGACGGAGGGGGGGUGUCCCGGAGGUUCCCGGUGAGGGGUCUCCGGGAGGUUCCUGGGGUUUCCCGGAGGGUCCCGGUGCUCCCACCCCCUCUAACGCCGCCACCCCUCCUUCCCUUCGCAGCCCCCGGGAACAACCGGAGCUGUACGAGGAGGUGAAGCUCUACAAGAACGGCCCGCGAGAGGGGAGAAGUACGACAACAUGGCCGAGCUGUUUGCGGUGGUGAAGACGCUCCAGGCCCUGGAGAAGGCCUACAUCAAGGACUGUGUGUCCCCCAACGAGUGAGUGAGGCAGCUGGGAGCAUCCCAGAUCCUGGG